AUGUCGACGGCUGUGUCUGCUCCUGCAAAAGUGCUCCUAUCCGGGGGCUAUCUCGUGCUUGACCGCCUGCACACCGGCCUCGUCUUUGGCCUCGACGCCCGCAUCCACUUACUCGUGGUCGAGCCAGCGAGUCCGUGCAAGCCGCUCGAGUCUCGCAUUGUCGUCAAAAGUCCACAGUUCCUCGAAGCUCAAUGGGGAUAUGACGCCAGGUGCCAUGGCAACAAAUGCGGCGUUAUCGUCUCUCCUUUAGAAUCCAGCCCUACGCCGGCGACAGUCCGCAAUCUGUUUAUUGAAACUACACUGACAUAUGUUUUGACUUACAUCGCCGAACUCUGUCCACAACUACACUCAUUCCAUGCCGACAUCACUAUUCUUGCCGAUGCGGAUUACUACUCGAAUCCACCGUAUCCCUCGACUGUCUAUCCUCGCUUUUCAAACUUCUCUGUUCCGCUGGCAGGUGCUCACAAGACUGGACUUGGCUCAUCAGCUGCCCUCGUGACGGCCUUGACUGCCGCUCUCCUCACCCACUAUCUACCCACCUUCUGCCUUGAUAUUGUUGCAGACCGGUUGCGCCUUCACAACCUCGCCCAGUUGUGCCACUGCGCGGCUCAGGGCAAGAUUGGCUCGGGAUUUGAUAUCGCGGCAGCCGUCUUUGGUUCUUGUCUCUACCGACGUUUCUCGCCCCAGAUUUUGGAAAGCGGCCUCGAUUCAGGUACACCUGAGUUCGCGAGUCGCCUGCGCUGCCUCGUUGACGAUUCAGCGGGCUUAUGGGAUGCAGAAAUUCGCAAAGGUCCCGCCACCCUACCUGAUGGAUGGGCUCUGUUCAUGUGUGAUAUCGACUGCGGCAGCGCGACGGUCAGCAUGGCGAAGAUGCUCAUGGACUGGCGCCAGCAAUUCCCUAACCUUGCCUCAACUCUGUGGGAACGGCUUCAGCAGUAUCAAGACCAGCUAGUCUGCCACCUUGAGACUGCCGAUAUACCUGCAGUUAGACAGACCUUCGAGGGAAUGCGCCAUGAGCUUCGUCGAAUGAGUGUUCAGUCUGGAGUGCCAAUUGAGCCUCCCGAGCAGACUGAAUUGCUCGAUGCAUUAACGAAUAAGGUAGAUGGGGUAAUUGGAGCUACAGUACCAGGCGCUGGCGGCUACGAUGCUAUUGCAGUGCUCGUGAAAGAAUCCAGCGAAACCAGAAAGGCUUUCGAUAAUUUUCUUGACAACUGGAACGAGCACAAGGGGACAAGAGUACGGUUACUGCAGGCUCAAGGUGGGAUGGAGGGGGCGCGUGCAGAAAACUUUAUGAGUUAUUUCGCGGGAGGGCAUUAG